AUGGCCAAGCAACACGAAGAUAUCUCGGUUGCAAUAAACCCAGCAGAUCAGCAUAACGCCAAUGUUGAAGCUGGCAGCAACGAUGACAGUUUGGAAAAGCAACCAAGCAUGUCCAGUAUUCAGGCCGGAGUCCAAAGGGCUGAAAUACUUCGGAGAAGCUGGACUAAGAAAGGCGUAAUCAUUGUCUUCACGGGGUAUGUGACCGCGGAUGAUGUAUGUGUUGGAUCUCAACUGACUGGUUUGGGUAGGCUUUUCUUGUGCACGUUAGCUAUCAACUUCGCCGAUUACUCUACACAGGUGUAUGCAGCAUAUACAACAAGUGCUUUCAAGCAACAUUCAGCCAUGAGUGCCGCACGGGUGGUCAUGAACAUAGCCCGCAUUUCCGCCUAUCCUAUCAUUGCAAAACUGGGAGAUGUUUUUGGCAGAGCAGAAAUGUUUAUUUUAUCUAUCUUUCUUUCUGUUCUUGGCUAUGUUAUUUACGCAGCCUGCACAAAUAUCGCGCAAUACAUUGUCGGUGCUGCCGGUAUAUUCGAAGCGAUUGGAUCAACUGGAUUUGCUCUCACACAGCAAGUGUUCGUGGCAGACAUGACUUCCUUGGUCAACCGUGGUGUGUGGUCAACACUGCCUGAUUCUCUCACUACAGUUCCUACACUAUACCUCGGAACCAUCGUCGCCCAACGUAUCCUUGAUCACUCAACGUGGCGAUGGGGAUGGGGCAUGUGGGCAAUUGUGUUGCCCGUUGCAUCAUUGCCGUUGAUCGGAACCAUGCUGUUUUACCAGCGCCGAGCACCCUCCCGAAUUUCCGCCUCCGAGGCACUAGGCUGGAAAACCACCGAUACCUGGUGGGAAAAGGCAUACCAACUACUAUGGGUUCAACUCGAUCUACCCGGUGCAGCGCUCCUGGUGGCCGGAUUAUCUUUGCUUUUGAUUCCUCUGUCCCUCACAGGAGCCAACAACAGCGCAGCAUGGACCAAAGGCUCGUUCAUUGCGAUGUUGGUUCUCGGUGUUGUUUUCCUGGCUGCGUUCUUUGUUUGGGAUGCAUGGUUUGCGAAAAAGCCAUUCGUCCCCUAUCGCAUGAUCAACAACCGCACAGUUGCUGCUGCGUGCCUUCUUGGGAUGUUAGACUUCUUCCACUACUCGGUGUUUAGUGUCUUCUUCACAAGCUACCUGCAGGUGGCUGGAAACUUCUCGCCAGGGUCGGCAACCAGGAUCGAUAAUUCUCUCCGAGUGUCCUUCCAAGUUGCUGGAAUCUUUGCGGCUUUCUUCAUGAAAUAUACCAAGCGCUCGCAGAUCUGGGUGUUGACUGGCGUUCCCCUUUGCGUCCUCGGCAUGGGAGUACUUCUCUACCUCGUUGAUAUGGGAGAUGGACGGAGUGGUAACGAGGCAUCUUUUGUGGCCGCGAAAUCAUUGAUCGGCGUAGGCCGUGGGUUUUAUCAGACAGCCGCUCAAGUUUCAGUACAAGCCAUGGUCUCGAGACAGGACGUCUCUGUCGUUACCGCAGUGUUCUUUGCUUCAAUGAGUGUGGGAGGUGCGAUUGGAACGAGUGUCGCUGGUGCUAUAUGGAGAAACACCCUGCCAAGCAGAUUGCAGCAAUACCUCCCGAGUGAGUUGAAAGGCCAGGCUAAGUCAAUCUUUGGGUCAAUCGUUGUUGCACGCAAGUAUGCCAUGGGAUCAGACGCUCGCGAAGCCAUCAACCGAAGCUAUCGCGAGUCUCAACGAUUGCUUGCAAUCGCUGGUCUGGUCUCGCUGUCACUGAUGCUUGUGGUGAUGCUGUUUUUGAAGAAUGUGAAGCUGGAUGAAGCUGGAGGAGUCGAGAGUCAUGAGCAAGAGCAGACUCACAAGUCCGGAGAAGGCGCUGAUGGCCCUGGAAAAGAACAAGAUCGCGCUUGA